GGCCGCCCAGCGCCGGGAUGCCCGGGGCGGCCGCGACCCCUCGCCGCAGGGCGAGGCCCGGGGACCGCUCGGGGGACGCCGAGCCCGCCCCAGGGAACCGCACAGGAACAUGCACGCACAUGCAGCCACCCCCGCGGGGCACCCUCCAGGUCGUCCGUGGCAACGGCACCUCUGUGGGGACUGUGAUCGUGUUCCACUGCCCCUCAGGCCACCAGAUGGUCGGGUCUGGCCUCCUCACCUGUGCCUGGAAGGGAAGCAUCGCCGAGUGGUCUUCAGUGACCCCCGUGUGCAAAUCCGUGCCGCCCUACGAGACCUUCGGCUUCAAGGUGGCCGUGAUCGCCUCCAUUGUCAGCUGCGCCAUCAUCCUGCUCAUGUCCAUGGCCUUCCUCACCUGCUGCCUCCUGCGAUGCAUGAAGAGGAAUGAGUCACCGCCUGACAGGGCAACCCAGCUGUGGCUCCAGCUGAGGGCCGGGGACCUGGAGACAGUGCCCGCUGCCUACCUCGACCUCAGGGGUCUGAACAGCGGCGGCGGCAGCGGCAGUGGCGGGGAGCCCAGGGGCUGGCCUGGCCAGGCGCACGACAACUACAGUUUUACCACAGACCUGGGUGAGGGUACCCAAGAGCUGGCUGGUACGGCCCAUGGCGUGGACAAGGACCCCUGGACCUCUGGUUGUCCUGCCGGCUGCCCCUGGGCCCAGGCGAUGGUACACACAGCAGACCUGGGGCGCACACCGCCGGCCUCCUGGGCCCCCGCAGGAACGUCCCGACAGCACAUGGCCUACGUCCCGGGGUGACUGGGGCAGAGUCCAGAGCCUGCCUGCCAUGCGGGGGGACCCGCCAACCCCACUGCCCAGCCACCCACCUCGACCUGCGUGUCCAGCUUGAGAUUGGUCAGCCUCCAGGUUUUGGGAGCCCUCAGGGAGCCGAGCUAGGGGCUCCGGCAGGGUGUCCUGUGCAGGGGAGCCCAGCUGGGCAGCUUCCAUAGAGGUACCCCCAGGUGAGCCCUAAGACCUGACUCCUUUGAAGACAGUGGGGGUGUUUUGCGCCAGGAGCAGGGAGUGCUGGCACAGCUCUGUGGGCUACCUUGUCUCGGCGCCUGGCCUGUGAACAGGGACCCAGCUGGGUGCCGCCUCUGCUCUCGGCCAAGUAGUCACGAGGGGACGGGGGUGUGUAAUAAACAGUUCUGAUCCUGGAAAAGGGAAGGUAAGA